AUGGCUCACGAAGAACAUGGAAGCAUCUUGAAAGCUCUUGACGGUGCAAAGACUCAAUGUUACCACGUCAAGGCGGUAGUAAUCUCCGGUAUGGGUUUCUUCACAGACUCAUAUGAUCUCUUCGUGAUAUCUCUCAUCACGAAGCUCCUUGGUCGGAUCUAUUAUCAAGUUCCUGGCUCCUCCUCUCCCGGAAGCCUCCCUGACGACAUCUCUGCGGCCGUGAGCGGUGUGGCCUUCGCCGGAACGUUUCUUGGUCAGAUCUUCUUCGGUUGUCUUGGUGAUAAGCUUGGACGUAAGAGAGUUUAUGGUUUGACACUCUUGAUCAUGACCAUAUGCUCUAUAUGUUCUGGUCUUUCCCUUGGGAAAGAUCCCAAAACCGUCAUGGUAACUCUUUGCUUCUUCCGCUUUUGGCUCGGGUUUGGUAUCGGUGGUGACUAUCCUCUCUCGGCUACGAUCAUGUCCGAGUAUGCUAACAAACGUACGCGUGGAGCCUUCAUAGCAGCUGUUUUUGGUAUGCAAGGUAUUGGGAUCCUUGCCGCGGGAGCCGUUUCGUUACUUGUCUCGGGUCUUUUCGAGAGUCACUUCCCAUCUCGAGCCUAUGUAUUGGACGGUGCAGCCACUACCGUCCCAGAGGCGGAUUACGUGUGGAGGAUCAUUUUGAUGUUCGGAGCCAUACCGGCUCUCUUGACUUACUACUGGCGUGUACAGAUGCCUGAAACAGCUCGUUACACCGCUCUAGUUGCCAAGAACGCUGAUAAAGCUGCUUCAGAUAUGACCAAGGUUCUCAACGUGGAUAUUGAAGCCUCUUCCGCAAAGCAUGACCAAGCUAGGGUUUCCUCAGACCAGUUUGGCUUGUUCUCCACGAAAUUCCUUUGCCGUCACGGACUCCACUUAUUUGGAACAGCCUCCACAUGGUUCCUCCUCGACAUCGCUUUCUACAGCCAAAACUUGUUCCAGAAAGAUAUCUUCACCACCAUUGGUUGGUUACCUCCGGCUAAAACCAUGAACGCACUACAAGAGCUCUUCUUGAUCGCUAGGGCUCAAACCAUAAUAGCAUGUUGCAGCACCGUUCCUGGUUACUUCUUCACUGUCUUUUUCAUCGAAAAGAUGGGACGGUACUGGAUUCAGAUCGUUGGUUUCGCUAUGAUGACCAUCUUCAUGUUCGCUUUAGCUAUACCGUACCACCAUUGGACCUUACCAGCUAACCGGAUCGGUUUUGUGGUUUUGUACUCUUUUACCUUUUUCUUCUCCAACUUUGGACCUAAUGCAACUACGUUCAUUGUCCCUGCUGAGAUCUUUCCUGCGAGGCUUAGGUCGACUUGUCAUGGUAUCUCGGCUGCAUCAGGUAAAGCUGGUGCGAUGGUUGGUUCGUUUGGUUUUGCUGCUUUGGUUAAAGCUUUGGGGAUGAGUAACACGUUAUACAUCAUGGGAGGUAUCAAUCUUGCUGGCUUGCUUAUCACGGCUCUUAUCAUUCCGGAGCCUAAGGGAAGAUCACUUGAGGAGCUUACCGGUGAAACUAAACCGGAGACAAACCAAGAGAAGAUUGUUGUUUAG